CUGUGCAUUGGCAGUUGCUGUGCUGUGCACGCUGCUGAUGUGCUUGCAAGCAAAUGGCCAACUGGUAUCUUUCAGUAGUCAGGAAUACACAGUGCUGGAGAGCAGCGCAACAGCCUUGCUCCCCGUAUCAUGUGCUGGGCCAUGUGCAGGCGUUAACUGCUCUUUCGUCGCCCAGGGGGAGACGGCAUCGUCUGAUGGCACGGAUUUCACGACCACAAGCGGAUUUGUGCUCCUCUCCGCUGCAGAGAGCCAACAACUCCAACUUCAGUUGGUUGAUGAUGAUGUGCCGGAGCCCCCAGAGACAAUUGGCGUGUCCAUACACACCUGCAAAAACGCAGCGGGCCAAACCAUCGCAACAGACGAAGGGAGCGUCCUUGCCACAACGGUUCGCGUGCUUGACGACGAUGUUGACACGGUCGAAGCAGGGUUUACCAUUUCCCAAUACACUGCAGAAGAGGGGCAACAAGUUGUGUUGACAAUCGAACGCGACCCCUUCACGACCGUGGCUGUGGACACCACGUACUCGGUGCAAGUCAUCUCGGACACAGCAACCGCUGGCGUUGACGUCACGCCCGUCACUCGUAUGUUUGACUUGCUGUAUCGCCUGUCUCUGCCGACGUUCUGUGAGGUGACCAUCAAUGCAACGGCGAGCACGGCGACCGUGGUGCUGAGUGUUGUUGACGACAGCGAUCCAGAGAUGGAGGAGCAGUUCAUUGUGACGCUGCUCGAUGCCAGCCCACAGCCGUACGUGGCCAUCGACCAGGCACGCGCGAGCGUCCAGGUGACCAUCCCCAGCAACGACGACGUCUCUGGCGUGUUCCGCUUUGCAGACGCCUCGCUUGCCCAGGACGCAGAGGAGCCCGAGGGCGCGCAGACACAAACCGACGUCCCGUUCACCGUCACGCGGUCUGCAGGCACGUUGGGUGCCGUGGACGUGUCCUGGCGCAUCAAGGAGGCAGCGGCGGCGGCAAGCGAUUUCGCCGCAACAUCAGGCACCGUCUCCUUCCAGGACGGGCAGACGGCUGCCGCCAUUGUCCUCACCAUCGUUCCAGAUUCAGUCGCAGAGCAGCCGGAAACGUACACGCUUGAGCUGUUCGACGCCACGGCGGGGCGGCUUGCGUCCUCCAAGACCAAAGCCACCCUCACCAUCGCACCCAGCGACUACACCAACGGCCUCCUGGUUGUGGACACAAGCAGCCCCUACGUGGCGGAGGAGGUGCCAGAUCAAGACACGUUCAUCACCAUCACUGUGCUGCGCCAGUCAGGGACGCAGGGCGUGGUUGGUGCGCUGCUCACCGUGCUGGGCGGUUCCGCGGACUUUGCCACCGUCAACGCCCCUGUCUUCUUCCAGGACGGGCAGGCCUCCACCACUGUCACGCUGGUGGUGCGUGAUGACGACAUCCCCGAGCUUGACGAGUCCUUUGAGCUCAAGCUCCAGAGCCCAACCGGUGGCGCCGUCAUCGACCGCGUGUUGGACCCCGCGUCCGUCACCAUCCUCGCCUCCGAUGACCCUUAUGGCACCUUCAGCUUUGACCUGGACACAGCAACCCCCAUCACCGUGAUUGAGGGCCCGCAGCCAGCGCGCCCCACCAUCGUCAACCUGCCCAUCGCCCGCUCCGGCGGCACGUUUGGCGACAUCACCAUCACUUACAACGCAACCGGUGCGCACCGCACAGACAUUGAGCCUGCAAUGGGCUCCGUGCUUGUGCCUGCAGGCACGUGCUGCGUCAACAUCACGCUCCAGGUCACCCCAGAUACCAUGCAGGAGCCCGCAGAGAUGAUCACCGUCUCACUCACAGGCAUCAGCAGCGGCGGCGAAGGCGAUGCAAGCUUAGCACCCGCGGGCCAGAGCAUCACCCUCAUCAUCGCCGCAAACGAUGACACGGUGUCGUUUGUCGGCGACGUUGCCACCUCAGCGCGCGAGGGCGACGUGCUGACGUUCACGGUCGUCCGGUCCGGGCAGGCGGCUGGACCCGCCUCUGUGGACGUGCAUGUCCUUGGUGCUGCACUCACCAACGCCACCACGCUGUCCUUCACGUCCUCAGCGCGUGUGCGCCAGCUGCAGCUCACCAUCGAGGACGACACAACGCCAGAGGCCAGCGAGAGCGUCACCAUCGCGCUCACCAAUCCAACCGGCGACAUUGUCGUGCCUUCGCCCAACAUCACCAUCCGCGUCGCACCGUCUGAUGGCGGCGCAGGCGUCGUGGCAUUCACCUCCUCCAGCAAGAGCGUGCGAGCACGCGAGCCCACAUCAGCCACAACAGACGCGUUUCUCGUUGCCCUCAACGUCUCUCGCACACCGCCAAACCCGCCGCCAGCACAGCCCGUGCUUGCGGACGCCUCCGUGUCCUGGGCGCUCACCGCUGUGGACGGCAGUGUCGAUGCCGAGGUGCAGUUUGAGCAGACGAGCGGCUCCUUGCAGUGGGUGGACGGUGAGAGCACGGCUACCAUCUGGCUGCGCGUGCGCAACGACAUGACGCCGGAACUUGCACAGGCCUUUGUGGUCUCCCUGUCCAACCCAAGCGACGGCGUGGUGCUGGAAUCCGACCCAACCGCGGACGUGGUUGUUGGGGCGAGCGACCGCCCCCAUGGCCUCUUCCUGCUCAGCAACGCGUCUGUGGGCAUGCAGGUCACGGGCGCAAGCAUGCGCGUGCUCACCUUCACCGUCGUGCGCACGUUUGGCACUAUCGGUGACGUGCGCGUCUCCUUUGACGCCACGUAUCGCCUGGAGAACGGCACCGUCCCGCCACAGGACAGCGUCUUUCUCGACACCACCACCUCCCUAGCCACAAGUGGUGGCAACACGAGCAGCACCAACAGCAGCGGGCUGACGACGACGACAGCAGCCCCGAUGAUGCCGGACCCCAACAUGUCAAGCGAUGAAGGCGUGGAGGUCCGCAACCACACCGGCAGCGUGACGCUUCUGCAUGGGCAGGAUGCCAUCACCGUGCACGUGCGCAUCAAUCCAGACGCCCCGCUGUGCGCCACAUCCACCAUCGAGGUCUCCCUUGAGGCCGUGCAAGUCGUUGGCGACUACGCAGACGCUGCAAGCGCACAGGAGUUACCGCCCGCACUGGGCAACCCUUCGUCGCUCACGUUCACGCUGCCGUUUGAGGCCGUGUUUGGGUUUGUCAGCUUUGCACAGUCAUCCCUGGAGGUGGAUGUUGUGGAGCCGCAGGGCGGUGUGGCCAACGCCACUUUCCUGCUGGAGCGAACUUCCGGCUCCUACUCCACCAUGCACAUUGCGUGGCAAAUCACCCCCGUCGGCGGAACCGGCAACGCCUCUGACGUCGUGGCCACACAGGGCGUUGCUGUCAUGCCUGCAGGCAAGACCUCUGCGUUCCUGCGCGUUGGUGUGGUGGCAGAUGCGAUUCCCGAGUUUGGCGAGCAGUUUGAGGUGGACCUGGUCGACGUCACGCAGGGUGUUGGCAGCCUGGCCACGCCCACGAGCGCAACCCUGACUGUGCUUGCCAACGACGACCCCAGCGGCGUGUUCCAGUGGGACGCGGCAUCACGUGGCCCGCUGCAGGCCGAGGAGGGCUCAUCCAUCGCGCUCACCAUUGAGCGGCUUGGCGGCGCCCUUGACGCCGUUACCGUCACCGUCAGCUUGCAGCCUGCGGAACUCAACGAUGUGGACGUGGUCAUCACACGGGUUGUGCCCUUCCCACGUGGAGUGCGCAGCCGGCUCGUGGCCCUGCAGGUGCUGCAAGACACCAGGCCUGAGCUGCAGACACAGCUGACAGCGACGCUGCAGGGUGUGAGUGGCGGUGCGCGUCUGGGCGACCACACGCAGGCGACCGUGAUUGUGCCAGAGAACGACGACCCGCGUGGCGUGUUUUCGUUUGCACCGGCAAACGACACCUACCAGCUCGGCAACUAUACCGUUGCCGUGAUGACGGGCUCCGAGCCGCCUGCCGCUGCUGGUGACAGCGCAACAACGCGCGUGUCGUUCCCCAUUCAACGCGAGGCCGGUGCAUUUGAGGCGGUGGACGUGCCCUUCCGUGUCAUGCAGUGCGCAUCUGCGCUGGAGCGCGAGUCGUGUGUUGUGACGGGCGUGGGUGAGCCAGCGGACGCAGACGUGUCGCCGACGCUGGGCUCCGUGGCGUUUGAGGAAGACCAGCGCACCGGCAUGCUUGUGCUUGACGUUCUUGCUGACGACAUUCCCGAGGAGGAUGAGUUCUUCCUGAUUGAGCUGCUGCCCCCAAGCAACGCCCGUUUGCAGGGCAACCUGACCCGCGCCGUCCUGGUUGUUCUGGCCAAUGAUGACGCAAUUCGCAUGCAGAAUGAAACGCUGCGUGUCUCUGAAGAUGAUGGGUUUGUCAACAUCACUGUGCUUCGCUCCGGUCUUCUGCGCGACCAAGCCAAUCUCCGCUUCUCCAUCAUUGAAGUGGAUGCAAGACCCAAUGUCGCAAGCGGGUUUGUGGAGCCAGCCAACACCAUCCUCACCUUUUCUCCCGACGACGAAAUCGCGCGCAUCUCCAUCCAGCUCGUUGCAGAUGACGCCCCUCAGCCAGAUCGCGCCUUCGAGGUCCAACUUUCGCGGGCGGACGACAGCGGGGAUUUCGUGAUUGUGCAAGGGCGAACGGUGGUGACGAUUGCAGCAAAUGACGACGCAGCCGGCGUGUUUACGCUCUUCGACCCCUUCCCAGCAGAGAUCCAGGAGAACACGGAGGAAGAGACGCUUUUCGCAGUGCGCCGGUCAGCCGGGCGGUUUGGCAGCGUGCGCGUGCCAUGGCAGGUGGUGAACGUGUCCAACUGCCUUGAACAACUCAGGCCAACCGAGGGCUCGGUUGUGUUCAGUGCCAGCCAGUCCUUUGUCUCCUUCUCCGUCAACGCUGUCGAUGACGACGUACCCGAGGUGGCACAGAGCUGCGCCGUGACGCUGCUGGAGCCCGAAUCGCUCGACACCGACAUUGGCGAGGGCCGCAUCAGCGGUGAGCCGACCUCCGUCACCAUCGCCCCCAACGACGACUAUGCCGGCGUCUACGCUUUCCCAGACGACCUCACCAACGUUACAGCGCGAGAGGAGCAGGGCAUUUUUCGCAUUCCCGUGGAGCGCGGAGUGGCGCAGCUCGUGUCCGGCACGGUGUCGUGGUCCAUUAAUCCAGCCAUUGAGGAUGUGGCCACCGCCUCAGGCGUGCUUGUGUUCCUUCCACAUGUUGUGGAACAGGACAUUGUCAUUGUGCUUCGCGACGACAACAUCACCGAGUAUCCAAAACCAUUCACCGUCACCAUCUCCAACGCAUCGCCAGGCCGCCUUGGCAACCGCACCUCCCUCGAUGUGCUGCUGCUCUCCUCCGAACAGCCGUGGGGAUAUUUCGCAAUGGCCGAUGCAGAGGUGCACGUGCGCGAGGUCGACACGCGCGACGCCGUGUACAGCAUCCCCGUUGUUCGCCAGCGUGGCACGGACGGCACAGUGCACGUGUCGUGGGCGGUCACAGCGUGCGUGCGGUGCCUCGACCCCAACGACACCCCCGAUGACGACGACAGCGCGUGUGAGGCGUGCUCCGAUGCAGAGGAGGCCGGCAUCACGCCACAAAGCGGCACGCUCACGUUCGGCCCCGAGGUGGAAAUGCGCAACAUCACCAUCACCGUGCUCUCCGACACGCUACCAGAGCCAACGCAGCAGUUCACCGUCACGCUCACAGACGUAUCCGUGCCCAGCUUGUCGGCCAUUGAGGCACGAGCAUCCACGUCAGCCCUCGUGGUGGAGGAGAAUGACGCCCCCUUUGGCCUCUUCUCUGUGGGCUUUGCGUCCGCCAACGCCACCGGCAUCAGCAGCUCCACGCGCGUGCAGGAGACACGCGGGGCCACGGUGUCAGCCGUCAUCACACGCGAUGCUGGUGUCUACGACACCGUGUGGGUCGACUGGCGCAUCACUGCGGUGAGCCCGCUGUUCACGGUGGCCGGUGACAGCAGUGACGUGUACAACACGACAGGCCGCGUUGUGUUUGCGCCCGGGGAGCGGUCGCAGCAGCUCGACAUUCUCAUUCGCGACGAUGACAUCCCCGAGCUGGAUGAGGUGUUCGCAAUCACCCUCGUUGACGCCAGCCGCGGUGCUGUGCUCGACCCCACCGCCAGCACAGCUCACGUGACCAUCGCAGAGAACGACGACCCUUACGGCGUGGUUGCCGUCGCCCCAGAGAGCCAAGUGCUCGUGGUGUCAGAGUCAGACGGCAGCGUCCGCGUCCCGCUCGUUCGCACGCGGGGUUUGUUUGGCAACGUCACCGCAUCGUGGGAGGUGCCAAACCCGAGCACGGUGCAGUCGGACAUUGCCCCGCUCAGCGGCACCGUGUCGUUUCGUGAGGGCGCCGACAGCGCAGUGGUUCCCAUCACCGUGUUUGCCGAUGCCCUGCCGGAAGUGGCCGAGUCCUUUGUGGUGCAGGUCACCGCAGCCAGCGACGGCGCCGUGCUUGCGCCUCAGCCCACCCAGCUGCAGGCGCUUGUGGUCAUUCGUGCCAGCAACGAUCCCCACGGCACAUUUGUCUUUGGUGCGCUGUCGUACACGUUUCCUGAGCCGGGCGUUGACACGAGCGAGGAGGGUGGCGAGGGCAGUGCCUUGUCGCACCCACGCCACGCCACCGUGUACGUGCGGCGCCUUGGCGGCCUCAUCGGCACCGUGGCCGUCUCUGUGCGCACGUUUGUGCUGAGCACGGGCAGCCAGUUUGCAAGCACGCUUGACUUUGAGGCCUUCAGCAACAAGACCCUCAUUUUCGCGGCUGGCGAGGAGCAGCGGCCACUCAACAUCACCCUCACGCCAGAUGACCUGCCAGAGUUGAGCGAGCGGUUUGCGGUGCAGCUGACAGGGGCACGGCUGUUGUCCAGCGACGCCGGCCCUUACAGCGCCACGUCGCCGCGGCUUGGCGAAGUGCAACAAACCACCAUCAGCAUUGCCGAGAACGAUGAUGCGCGCGGCGUGUUUGCCAUUGGAGGCGUGGACAUGGAGACAGGCGUGCUGGCGUCGUUGCAAGAGGGCUCGUUGUUCACCGUCGUGGUGCAGCGAAACAGGGGCACGUUUGGUGCGGUCGACGUCUCGUUGGCGCUGUCCCCCAUGGGCUGCACCGUGCUGUCGUGUGCGGUGGCUGGCGAGGACUUUGCGGAGGUGGUCGGCGCGAGCGACAGCGGCGUGCGUGUCAACAUCACGGGUGGGACCAUGGCCGUGGACAUGGCGUUUGCGGAGGGCGAUACCCAGAAGCGCCUCGUCCUGCGCAUUGCAGAUGACACCGUUCCUGAGAUUGACGAGCUGGUGCGCGUGCAGAUACAGUCUGUUUCGCGCGGCCGCAUCUUCGCUGCUGCCCGCACCGCCGAACUCGUGUUGGAAGAGAACGACGAUGCGCGGGGCGUGUUUGCGUUUGCAAACACCACGACGGUGGCCGUUACUGAGCCCGAGGAUGCGCCACUCGUGGUGUCGUGGACGGUGGAGCGACUGGCAGGCACCUUUGGCGAUGUCUCCGUGCAGUGGAUGGUGAGUGGACCAGAUGGGUUUGCGGACAGCAUUAAUGCAACGACCGGCGAACUGGUGUUUGUGCCAGGACAGAUAAGCGCGCAGCUUGUGCUCUCCGUGUUGCCGGACACGGUUCCGGAGGUGACGCAGGACCUGACGGUCACCCUGCUCCCGGAAAGCGUUCAGGGCGGGGCGCGGGUGAUGGCAGUGAGCGGGGAGCGCCAGCUGAUGAUUCUCGCCAACGACGACCCCUUUGGCGUGUUCUCGCUGCCCGUCAGUGUGUGGGUGAGCGAGGAGCCAACAGCAGAGAUGGCAACAAAGGCGGUGCCCGUGACGAUGUCUCGUUCCGGCGGUGCGUAUGGCAAGGUGCGGGUCACGUACACGGUGCGCGCAACCACGCCGUCCUUGCUUGCUCAAGCGCAGCUCGCCUUUCCCUUCAACCACGUCCCGCGCAUUGUUGCGUCGGAGCUGUUUGAGACUGCGCAGUCUGGCGCCAACUUUGACAUCAUGCAGACGCUUUCCGGCAUCGAGACUGCCCUGGCGUGUCAGGCGGCGUGUCUUGCCGUGGACGCGUGUGCCAGUGUCAGUUUCAGCAGCACCACCGCUGAAUGCCUUCUCAGCGCCACACGUGUCGACAGUCCCAUCUUGUUUCCGCGUUACGAAUACUAUGAACGACGCGCAAACGCGAGCAUUGCAGAUCGCUAUCUCGCCACCGCUGGUGCCGACUUUGUAGCCGCGUACCGGCACAACGUGACUCUGGAGGAAGGCCAGACCGAGGCCGUAAUCAACGUGACGGUGCUUGCGGAUGACGUGCCGGAGAUGUGGGAGCAUUUCCAAGUUGCCAUCGAUGACGUGGAGCUGCUUGGCCCGUACCCGCCGCCAACCCACAUCGCGUCACCGCGCGUCACGGAGCAGACACAGGAGCUGGGCUCGCACGUGGUUGUGGCCGCCAACGACGACCCGUUUGGCAGGUUUGUCAUCUCUCCCACGCUGUCGACCUCAGCUGUGCUUGAGGAGGACAACGCCACCAUCUCGCUCGUGAUUGCGCGGCAAGGGGGCGCGUUUGAAGACGUCAUCGUGGACUGGACCACGGCGCUCACAGCGGCAACAGCCGGUGAUCUUACGCCGACCGAGGGUCAGGUGGCGUUUGCGGAGGGUGAGCGACUUAACGCUGUCACCGUGCGUGUGCUAAACGACGACGAGCCGGAACUGGAUGAGACAGUGCCGUUCUCGCUCACUGCGGCCACAAACACGGCUGCUUUCUCCUCUGCACCCUUUGACGUUGUCAUCCUCGGCAACGACGACGCCAGCGGUCGGUUUGGCAUCUCCUCCGGCUACACCAGCGUGUCUGGUGAGGAGGGAACCACCGUGACCGUGCUCAUCGUGCGCACCUUCAUGUUCCAGGGCCCCGUGCGGGUGGGCUGGUCUGUGGAGGGCGUUUCGGAAUCUGCGGUGGCGGCUAUGGACGUUGCGCCCGUGUCUGGCGAUGUCAGUUUCCUGGACGGCCAGACGACAGGACAGGUCCAGAUCACCAUCGUCGACGACGCCGUUCCAGAAUUGGCAGAACAGUUCCGCGUGCGUCUGGACAACGUGUCCGUUCCCUCUGCCUCGCUGCGGCAAAACGUGCUUGAGUCCACGCUCACCAUCCCCGCCAACGACGACGCGUAUGGUGUGGUGGGAUGGGCCGAGGCAUCCCAGGCCGUGCUGGUGAACGAGAACACAGGCGAGUUUUCGUUGAGCAUCUCACGCACGGGCGGCCUCUUUGUCGCGCUGUCUGUUCGUGUGCGCACACGCGCCACCAACACGACCACGCCCACCAGCUCCCCUGCCACUGCGGACGACGACUACCUGUCCAUCGACACCACCGUUGUGAUUGGCGCUGGCGAGAGCGCUGUCACUGUUCCCAUUCGCGUCUACGACGAUGCCACGCCCGAACUGAGCGAGACGUUUGAGGUGCAGCUUGUGUCUGUUGAGCCAACCAGUGUUGAGACGCCGCCGCUGCCCAACACGCCUCGCGUGUCCAUGGCUGCGGACAUUGCUGUCAUCACCAUCAACGCAAACGACGAUGCAGCUGGCGUGUUUAGUUUCACAUCCAGCAAGCUCUCCGUGGAAGAAGGCAAACCCGCCAACGUCACGAUUGUGAGGACUGGUGGCACGCUGGGCGAGACAAGCAUGUCGCUGUUGUUCCAGGAUGGAUUUGGUGCGCAGGGCGCUCGCCGUGGGGAAGAUUACGUCAUCCUCACCAGCAGGGUGACAUUUAUGGAUGGCCAGACCGAGGCGGUUGUGCCGUUCCGCAUCGUUGAUGACACACGACCAGAGCUUGCAGAGACCUUCUUCAUCCAGCUCACUGGCUUGACGGGCGGCCGCUAUGGGCUGCCAAAUGCGGUGACGGUGACCAUUGCUGCGAGCGAUGACGCAAGUGGCGUGCUGCGUAUUGGAUCCGCCACGUCCGUGACCGUGAAUGAGGGAGACACGACACCCCGCAACACCACCGUCGACCUGUUGCGAGGGCCCGGCGUGUUUGGUGUCGUCGACGUGAGCGUGAGCAUCCAGCAGCGGCUGGCCGACGGCUCCCUCGUGCCUGUGCAGGACGAUCUGGUGUGGCCCGACGCAGUCUCGUUCACUACAGGCAGCGGCAUUGCCUCGUUUGUCGUGGACAUUGUCCCAGAUACAACGCCGGAGCUGACCGAGGAGUUUAUCGUUCGCGUCACCACAGAUGACGCGCGUCUCGGCUCGCCACUGCAGGCCACAAUCAUCGUGCCGGAGAAUGACGACGCACACGGGCGCUUCUCUCUCUCGUCAGCGUCGCCGCUGACAAUUGACGAGGACAACGGGCCGCGCACGGUGCGUGUGGAUGUUGUGCGUGAGGGAGGCACCUUUGGUCAGCAGACAGUGACUUGGCAGCUGUCGUCGGACACAGCAACGCUGACCAAGCAGGAUGGUGUUGAAGCGAGCAGUGUGCCGACGCUGGUUGUUGCAGACACGCUGGCUGUGGCGGGAAGCAGGGCGCAAGUGCUGCUUGCACCGCCUGUGGACAACAAGGCUGUUUCCACAAGUCCAGUGGCUCCCAGCGGCGAGGGCGCUGAUCUCACGCUGCUCGUAGCGUCAAGGAAGAACACGGACGAUGGCAGUGGUGAUGGCGAUGAGACGCACACCUUCAUGGCACUGCGAGGCCUCGGCACGCCUCUCGUCGUGGCGGAGGUCGAUAUGGCUUUAGUCACGGCCAUUGGCGCUGGCUGGGUGCGUACGCAAGACGGCAGCCCCGAUGUUGUCGUUGCAUGCAUGGCAUCCAGCAUCGAGCACACGCGAGUGCACGUGUACACACCACUUGCUGAGUCCUCCACCUUUGUCGCUGUGGCCACCAUUCCCUCGUACGACACCAGCUGCGCCGUGCUGGACAGCGGGCACGUCGUUGCCUGUGACACCACGUCCUGCCGCCUCUUCACCGUGUCCGUGCGUGCCCUCGCUUCCCCGACGGCAACCGUGCGUGUGACGUCCACGCUCACGCUUGGAGCGCGGGCCUCACUGCUGCAUGUCGUGCGCAACACGACGUUGGGCAGAGCUGCAGGCGACAGCGACCUCUUGGCUGUGGCAGAGGAUGGAGCCGGCAGGCCAACACGCCUGGUGUUUGUGCGCGUGGACGCCGCCGCCAACACCCUGGCGCUUUCUGGCACCGAGGUGUCUGUGAGCCACGGCGUGUCUCGCAUUGACGCGACAGGCGGUGAUGUGUUGGUGGUCCACGGCACGGCAUCACAGCAGGGCGGCCCCGGUAACAGCUCGACGGUUGCCGUGCAAGUCAAUGGUGAUGGCGUGGAGAGCAUUGCUGUGACGCUGCUGCGCCAAGCGGAGGCCACUGCAGCCACUUCUCCCGCUUACUUCUACACGACUGAUGGCGGUGUGUGGGACGCAGAAGCGGAAGCGGCUGGCGAUGACGCUGUUGUCCGCAUUCGUGCAGUGUCCGUUGACGGCAACAGCGACGACAAUGAUCGCGUGGUGGCGUCUGCCAUUGUGCCCGGCCUUGGAGCGGCGCUGGCUGGCGCGGCUGCUGCUGACAUUGCGCCUGCUCUGGCGUGGUACACGGGGACAUCAUCGUUCGUGGUGGCCAUCGUUGCACCGGACGGUGCUGUGGCUGAGACGCAGCUGCUGCACUUUGCAUUUGCGGAUGGCUCGCUGGAUGUUGCUCGCUCCGCCGGCGAUGUUGUGUUCCUCCCUAGUCAGGCAACGCACGCCCUCUUCUUCACUGCACUGCAAGAUGACAUCCCAGAGCUGCUGGAGGAGCUGACACUGGACAUUGGAGGAGAUGUCGUGUUUGGGUCACAAACGUCCGUGUCUGUAACCAUUGCAGCCUCCGACACGCCACGUGGAGAGCUUGCGUUUGCCAGUGCGUCCUUGAACAGCGUUGUGUCCGAGGCAGCCGAACCGCAGCAGCAGCUCUUGACCGUUGUCCGAGAGUUUGGUGCCAUUGGCGCAGUCUCUGUGGCCUGGCGUGUCCUUCGCUUGCACGACAAUGGAACGACGGCACAGGCUGCAGGGGACAUGCAGCCUCUCAGCGGCACUCUGACUUUUGCAGAUGGUGUUGAUGAGCAGACGUUCGCCGUCAGUGUCCUCCCAGAUACUGCACCAGAGCCGACGGAGUGGUUUGUGGUUGAGCUGUACAACGCAACGGGUGGCGCCAGCCUGCACACGACCCGGCACCAGGCGUCCAUCACCGUCCCGGCCAAUGACGGCAUCCACGGCGUGUUCACGCUGCAAGUGAACGGCAACGGCGCAGAUGAUAUCACGGUUGAGGAAGGUGCCCAGGACGUGAUUGUGCAGAUCCAGCGAACGGUUGGCUCUCUCGGUCGCGUGCAAGUAGACCUGCUCUUCCUCUCAGCAGCAUCUGGCGCCUCUGCGGUGUUUGGUGAAGAUGUCGUGAACGACACGGCAACAAGCGGGCUGGUGUUUGCAGACGGUCAAACAACUGCGCAGGUGCUGCUGCGUAUUCCAGACGACGACAUCCCUGAGGGAGAAGAGCGGCUGCGAUUGCGCCUUGGCUCGCCCGUUCUCGUCCAGGCCCCACCGUUCCCAGACCCUUCAUCGCCACGCACGGAUGGGCGCGAUGUCACGCUCGUCAUCCCGGCCAACGACGAUGCAAGCGGCAUCGUGAGCGUGCGCGCCAACAGCACGGCACUUGUACGCGAAGGCGCGGGUCGCGCGUAUGUGGUGGUGGAGCGAACAAAGGGCACGUUUGGUGCGGUUACGGUUUCGUUUGAACUUCGCGGCACGGGCGCCAACCCUGCCGUGCUUGGCGCGGACUUCUCGUCUCCGCUGACACAGCUCGUGCUGGAGGACGGCGUGGCAAGCGCGCUCGUUCCCAUCGACAUUGUGGACGACACCAGCGCCGAGGAGCCAGAAACGUUCAUCCUCACCGUGACAGGUGUGAGUGGCGGUGUGGCCAACAGCCCGCCCUUGCUUGACGCGCAGGCAGCCAGCGUUAAGCUCACCAUUGACGCCAACGAUGGCGUGAGCGGCCUCUUCUCACUUGCCGACACCACACCAACCAGCAUCAACCUGACAGAGGGCGGCGCGUUUGUGCUCGCUGUGCAGCGCACGGGCGGCUUCUACAGCGACGUGGACAUUGCCUGGACCAUCGUUGGCCCCGCGGCAGGAGAGCAGUUCGCGCCUGGCUUCAGCGGCGUGCUCACCUUCCCCGCUGGCCGCGUCGACCUCGCCACGCAGAUGGUGACCAUCACCCUGCUCAACGACACGCUGCCGGAACCAGACGAAGUGUACGAGCUCGUGCUGGCGACAACAGCGCCAGGCGCCGCGCUCGCCCCAGAAGCGUCGCCAAUUCACGUCCGCGCGCUGGCGUCUGACGCCUCCAACGGCGUAUUUGGCUUUGCUGGAGCACUGGCACGUGUUGUUCCGGAGCCCACGUCCGGAGUCACGUCUCUCCCCCUCACAGUUGAGCGAACGGCGGGUACCACGGGCACCGUGCAGCUGCGGUGGGCCGUUGACGAUGUGUGUGACGUAGACGCGGCCACUGGCAUGCCGAUUGCCUCGCCCAACGCGUCGUGCGUCCGCGAGCACCCGCGCUCGGCGGACUUUGGGUUUGGUGAUGCAACACCAGCGCUGCGCGGUCGGCUGACGUUCUUGCCUGGCGAGCACACGCACGCCAUUCCAGACUUGUUCAUCGUCAACGACAAUGAUGCCGAGGGACGGGAGACGUUCCGUGUCACCUUGACGCUCCUCACGCCCAUUGACGGGCGGCUUGCUGCUGAUCGCGCUUCCGUUUGGUUCACCAUCCCACCCAAUGACGACGGCGAGGGCGUGUUCUCCAUCGCGCCCGCAUCCCGCCAGCUGUCUGUGCAGGAAGGCACAACCAUGCCCGUCACCAUCACUCGCGCCCUCGGCGAUUUUGGUGCUGCUCGUGUGAGCUUCAGGGUUGCCCGCACAACAGCAUCGACGGGACCCCUGACGGGCGACCUGAGCGUCAGCCCAGCUGCUGGCGUGGUCACCAUCGCGGAUGGCGAGUCCUCUGCCACCGUUGACAUCACGGCACUGCGCGACGGCGACCCAGAGUUUGACGAGGCAUUCACGCUCACGCUCACCAACACGUCGCUCGGGCGCCUGCAGCCCCAAACAGUGGUGGCCACGGUAACCGUACCUGCAAACGACGCCCCGUAUGGCACGUUCCGGCUGACGGCUGCGGAGGUGGCGGUGGUGGAACCAGGCUUCACGCGUGCUCUCCAGCUGCAGGUCACCCGCACCAAUGGCACCGCGGGCACCGUGGCAUGCGGGGUGCGUGUGAGCUUUGAGCUUGGACCCGACUCACGCGCGUCUGCAAGCAAGACGCAGGCACUGGGCGGUCUGUGUGAAACAGAGAACUGCACGCUCCUGUUUGCACCGGGCAGCCAAGUCGAGGCUCUGCAGAUUGCACUGCCGACGGAUGUGCUCCUGGAGGCCGGCGACCUCUUCCACGUCACCCUGGCCUCUGCAACGCUGCAGGACGGCAGCGAUGGCGGCGAGGUGGCGGCGGGCACUGACGUCGUCCCUGUUGUUGCACAGGACCAGCGCACGCGCACGGCGGUGGUGGGCGAGGCGGAGGCCAACAACGUCAUCCGCGUGUCUCCUGCCAGCGUUACCGCGCUCGAGGGCGCCCUGGUCACGUUCAAUGUCUCCCGCGGCAGCACGCGCGGAAUUCUCAGUGCAGACUGGGCCUUUGUGUCUGGCAGCGGCGGGGGCAACCCGACAUCCGAUCUCUCGCAGGCCAGCGGCCGCCUCGUCACGGCCGACGCUGUGGGCGUGAUUGCUGUGCGCGUGACAGACGACACGAGCCCCGAACCCCUUGAAAGCUUCUCCCUGCAGCUGAGCAACAUUGCGGUGGAGGGCGACGACCAGGUCGACGUGCGCUCGUCCAGCGCGGUGCUGAGCGUGCCAGAGAACGACGAUCCACGGGGCGUGUUUUCCCUCGGCCAACUGAGCGCCACCGUUGCCAGUGAGGGCGAGAGCGUCACGCUGCCGGUUGUGCGCUCGCGUGGGCGUGUGGGCACCGUGCGUGUCGUGUUCUCUGUGAACGACGCGGGUGAGCAGGUCGAGGUUAACGCUGCGGAAAGCCCCGAUGGCGGCGGAGCUGGCGGAGCUGGUGUGCGCCUGUACGCGGUUGAUUUCCAGCCAAACCAAGGUCAAGCUGAGAUCACGUUCACGGUGAGCCAGGACAUGGAGGCCGAACUGGCAAGCACGGUGGCGGUGCAACUCGUCUCUGCUGAGCCGCUGGCUGACGAUGGCGUGGUUGUGCCGCCCACAGCGGACACGGCGACUGCGCGGGUGUUCUCCGUCUUGCCCAGCGAUGACCCGCACGGGGUGUUUAGCAUCCGUGAGGCAGGGUCGGACUUGCGCGUGACCGAGGAGAGCGGGGCCGUGUCGCUGACAAUUGUGCGCGGCGGCGGCAGCAUUGGCACCGUGGACGUGGAGUGGGUCAUCCCUGACGCAGGCGCGCAGGGCGUGAUUGCCAGUGACCUGGACCUGGCCGGGUUUGCGCCCGAUGCCACGCCAGAGCAGGCCGUGGACAUCAACGUGCUGAGCGGAACCAUCCGUUUUGAGCCGGCAGAGACGGAGCGCGUCAUCACCGUGUUCAUCCUCAACGAUGAUCUUCCCGAACCAGAUGAGCCGUUCACUGUUGCGCUGCAGGCUGUGACCCUGCGCGAUGAUGGCAAUGGCAGCGGUGGUGCAUCAACGACAACAGCAUCGCCAGAUGCCGCUGUGGCGGCGCCGCGCAUCUCAAACACGCGCGGGAGCGUGACGGUGGUGAUUUUGGCCAACGACAACCCGAAUGGCAUGGUGACGUUUUCGCAGCAGCGCAUCACGGCGCAGGAGGGCGGCGCACAUGUUGCGCGGCUCACGCUGUUGCGGCAGGGGGCACGUUAUGGCCCCGCCACGGUACGGUGGGAGGCAAGCGUGGACACGACGUUGGCGAACAACGGCUUCUCGCUGCAGGACGACUUGCGCAAUGGCGUGUAUGCCGGCAACGUGACGGUGCCUGCGGAGGCAUCGAGUGCCGUGCUGGAGAUUGGCCUGGCUGCCGAUGGCAUCCCGGAAGAGGAUGAGGCGUUUGUGGUGUUGCUGUCACAGCCGUCGUCUGGCGCGCUGCUGGGUGCGCUGACACAGGCGACGGUGACGGUGGCGGCCAAUGACAACCCAUCCGGGACAGUCGGCUUCCCUUGCUACGACCAGUAUGGGGCGGCCAACGCCGACGGCACGGGCGCGGACGAGGUUGUGCUGUCUGUGCGCAGGCAAGGCGGCACGAUUGGCUCGGGGUCCGUCACGGUUGAGACGAUGGAUGGCACGGCGGACGCAUCGCUGUACCAGCGCAUCUCGCAGGUGCUCGUGUUCACGGAGGGUCAGCGCGUGGCCAAUGUGACGCUGCAAACGUUCCCGCUGCCGUCCGGCACGGGCUCGCGCACGGUGGUGCUGCGGCUGCGUGACCCGCAAGGCAUGCUGCUGGACGAGGAGGCGUCCACAAGCACGGUGACCAUCUACGCAUCGAAGAGCCGCGCGCGCUUGCUUGCUGCACUGCAGACGGCUGCGUGCAACCCCAGUAGCACGGACGAGGAGGUGCUGGCGCAGCUCACGCCAGACACGCCGACGACCGGCAAGAGCAGCACAACGGGCAGUGACGGCAGCGGUGCUGUGGACAACGCCCAGCUGCAGGUGAUUGUGGCGGCCCUGCAGGACCUGAUCCCCGGCAGCGCGGGUGCGGAUGCGGCCACACGCUCGCUGAUUGACAGCCUGUUUGCCAUCACGCUGACACCGGGCCUGUUUGGCACCGACAUUGCCACCUUUGAGCCGCUACCCGAGCUGCUUGAGGCGUAUGCGCGGGAGCUGCUGCUGGGGCGUGCGGCAGACGGCCUUUGCCCCGGUAUGGCCGAGGUAUCCCUGCCGGUGGUGCAGACCUCGCCGGAUGUGGCUGCCGACGAGGCCGUGCGCGUGCUUUUGCUGGCGCAGCCAACAUACAGCGGCUUCACGCUGAAUCUGGGAAGCAACGGGGACGGAAACGCGGGCCCCGUGGAGGUGAUGUUCCCGGACCAAUUUGAAUCGACAGACAGCAACGGUGCCGAUAGCAGCAACGGCACGGCAACAGCAGCUGGGCUGUUGCAGAACACCGUGCUUUCCAUCACCUUGCCGGAGACGACGGUGGACGCGCUGGUGAACCCGGCCAACCCGCUCGUGUAUCGUGUGCCGACGCUGGAGCAGCAAGGCGAUGCGGGCGUCACAGACGCGCACAUUGCAGGGUACGUGUGCGUGUGGUGGGACGCUGGCUUGAGCGACGGUGCCGGUGCAUGGACGAGCGAAGGAUGUGCGACGGUUUCGCCCGAAGGCAGUGACGGCAGCGGAGGUGGCGCGCGCCACGAUGCGACUGCGUUUGUGGAAUGCCGAUGCACGCACGCGACUGCGUUUGCGGUGCUGGUGGCUGAGGACGUGGCCGAGAGCCUGCCGCCCGUGUCCAACGCCGCGUUCAUCUUUAUGAUUGUGGCGUUUACGGUGGUGGUGGUGGCGCAGGGCGUGUGUGGGUACGACAUGUUGCCCGCCACGAAGGUGCAGCUGCACAUGUUUGCCAGCGUGGUUGUGGCGUGUGUGCUGCUGCUGGUGUCCUCGCUUGUCUCCGACUCGCUGGACGCCGACAGCUGUGCGACACUGGGUGUGUUUGUGCACGCCAUGGUGCUGGCGUGCCUGUGCACUUGCGUGUAUGCGAGCAUGCAUGCGCACAAGGUGGUGACGACGGGCGAGGAGACGUACGGCCGCGGCCUCGCUGCGUGCUGGGCGCUGGCGUCUGUGGUGAUUGUGGUGUACAUUGCGGUGCACCGGGGCGCGCUGGUGGACAGCUUCAGCGGCAACACGUAUGGGCCCGUGCGCAACACGCUCGACUUUUGCGCCAUCCCGCGGGUGACCGCCGGUGCGUGGGCGGCCACGGUGCUGCCGUUUGUGGUUGCCGCGGCGCUGGCACCGCUGCUUGCGCGGCGGGCGCUGCUCCCGAGCGAGGAAGAGUGGGGCCGGCACCAGGACCUGUUUUCCGGGCGAAGCAACGCCGGGGAGCUCUCUGUGCGGGCGGGGCUUGGGGUGCUGCUGCUCCUGUUCUGGGCGGCGACGGCGGUCGCGCUGCUGGUGGACGCGGGCGUGGGCAAGUGGCUGCAGCUGGGCACGGCCAUCUUGUGCUGCAUGCACGUGCUGUUCUUCUACAUUGCCCAGAAACCCCGCAGUGGCGGCUCAGCCAUCACCACCACGACCACAGCCAGAGCGGGCGCGCGUGGUGUACCAGGGGACCUGUCGUAUGGCCUGGCCAGCAAAUCGCAUGUGGGUGGUGGCGGUGCUGGUGGCGGUGGUGGACGAGGCCGCCGGACUGGCGGUGGCGGUGGCGGUAUGUUUGAUGACUUGGAUGUGACCGCGACAAGCAUUCCCAUGUCGACGUUUGUGGAUGAGCCAGCCUCGCCCCCGCAGCGGGCCUAUGAUGUGGAGCUGGAGCCAUCGCUGGCCAUGAUGGGGUCGCGUCGCCUUGGCGGUGCUGGUGCUGGCGCUGGUCAGCAGGCACGGAUGCAGGGCCGCACCGCUGUUGAGUACCCGGAUUCGCUUGCAGCGGUGGAUGCGGAGACCAAGCUGGGCCGGAGCGGGGAGGACGACGAUGAUAUUUUCUCCGAGAGCUACGACGACCUGAUUCAGGCGCUGCAAGUUGCGAGCAUGCAUCCGCGGCCGCAGCAGCAGCAGCAGCAGCAGCAGGGCGAGAGCUUACCUUAUGGGUAUGCAAGCCAGGAGGCGUAUGAUGCGUAUGCGCCGCCGCUUGAUGGAGGAAGGGGAGGGCGCGGGCAAGGGGCGCUGGCGGCACACGGGGCGACCGGGCCUCCACCGCCGCCGCCGCCGCAAGGGUUUGAGCAAGGGUAUGUGCCGUCCACGUUUGCUGGAAUCGGCGGUGAUGUCAUGUUUGGCCGUGGCAGCGCGACAAACAGCUUGAGCAGUGAAGUUGGUGGUGAAGGUGUUGUUGUCCUUGGUGGCGGCGACGCACGGCUGGACAUUAACCCGUCUCCCAUGUCCAACUCUGAGAUUCGCCGUCAAUCCAUUGCAGACACUCAUUUGUAGCAGUUGCGCUUGUGUGCUUGUGUGUGUGUGUGUGUGUGCGUGUGUGUCUGGGGGGGAAUGUGUGUGCAUGUGUGUGUGCGUGUGUCGGAGUGCAUGUGUGUGUGUGUGUGUGCAUGUGUGUGUGUACUUAUGUGUGUGUGUGUGUGUUUGCUGUCUUUGAUUGACGCGACGAUUGGAGGUCAAAAUUGGUUUUGGUUUUUUGUUUCGUUUCGACAUGCAGUUUGUCCCGAACGAACGAUGCAUUGACCCAAAAUUAGAAUCCUGCAAGAUUGUCCAAGGAGUCGAACAUCUGUAAAAUGAUUCCA